GAAAUCAAAGGAAUGUGCUGAUAGUAAUAAUAAUGAAAAUGAAGCUCACGAAAUAGGUAAAAUUUUAUUGGGAUUUAAUAAAACUAGACUUCAUUUCAUUUUUAUUCAAGGAGAUGAAAAUCAAAGAUUACUAAUUCCGAUAUUUAAAGCUGCAAGUAAGAAGUUAUCAAAUAUUGAUAAUCUUGAGGAUGGCAUUGUUAUAUUGAAGGAACUAUAUCAAGUUGAAAAUAUGUUGAGUUAUGAUUUUGUGGAUAGCAUGAAAUCAUUUAUUAGAAAGGUUAAUGAAAAAAUGCCACUAUGUGCUAAUAAACACAGUAAAAACAAGGAAUAUUCAAUUGGUGACAAGGUUGAAUAUACAAUAAGAGAUGUAGAGAUACUCACUCUUAAAUUGAAAAAAGAAGAAAAUUUAAGAGAAUAUACAUAUGACAAAUCAAAAACAAUUGGGAUGUUAUCUGAUAUGCUUAGAGAAAUUUAUUUAAAAUUACCACAUGGAAAUAAAAAUUUUAUUUCAAAAAUCAGAGCUUUUGCAGUAAUUGUAUCUGGAAUGAAAAUAGAAAUAUUUCAGAUGAACAUUCCAGAGAAACAAUUAUAUGUAUUUCAACAAAUAUCAGAGUUUGAGCUCCCUCAAACAUUUCAUAAUUACAAAUGUAUUGAACAUGCACUUAUUAAUUUUAUUAAAUUAAGGGAAAUGUUGGACAAAAACCUUGAUAUGUUAUCAGAAUCUUUAACAAUUACAAAUAUACUAAAAAAUACACAAUGA